AUGUCCCCCGCGCUCUCCACCUCCCCCGCCUCGCGCAUCCGUCACCUAACCCCCAACCCCCGUCUCCAUCUCCAAUUCUUUCGCAACACCCCCAGCACCCCUCACAGCCAAGCACCCUCCAUCCAACGAGCCGCCUCUCCUCUCCAACGCCGCCGCUCUUACUCCACCAGUACCGCCUACCGCACCCCCUGGACAGGGCGUCCCGCGUCCGAAAACGCAGGCACGGAUGCCCCGACGGAGAAACAUAAUGUGCAGCAUGAUCAGUCGCAGAAGAGCAAGGAGGAGAAAAUGAAGGGGGAGAGUGGCAGUGCGGGCUUGGAGGAGAAGCCCAGUGGACAGAGUAAGGAUGCGAAGAAGAAGGUGCAGGUGGAGUUUCCAGAGGGAGCGAAGAUGGGUCCGGUUAUUGGGAUGGAGGAUGAGAGGGGUGGAAAAGGUUCUUAA